UAAAGUUAGUAAACCUCUAAUUGUUUAGUCCCUGAUGGAUACGGACUACUUUAUUUUAUUUUACGCAUCGUCUUCUUCAAGAUAAAGCUUGUCGGGUCAACCCUGAAACCAGACUAUUCCAGCACUCAACCUGCGCUUUCUGGACUCGAUCAUCUUCUUCAGUCAAACUCCGUCGUCGUCUUCCAUGUCUGCUCCUCUCCCCUAUUUCCACGCCCUCACCUUCUGCGGGGUCCUAUCCGAAUCCAAGCGCAUCGUCAAUGCUCACUCCCGCCAUUUUCUAGCCCUCUCCGUCUUCUUCCUCCUUCCCCUCUCUUUCUCCCUCAUCAUCUACCCCACUCUCCACGACGCCCUCUAUCAUCCGGGCUCCAUCUCCUUCUACACCAGCAAAUUCCUCGUGUCCGACCCGACCCGGAAAGACACCGAUGGAGACGCUCGGUUCUUUAUCCUACCUCUGGCCUACGUCCUCUUUGUUUUCCUUACCCACCUGUUCGCCGUGUCCACGGUCUCCUACAGCACAUUCCACGGCUUUUAUGGUAGACCAGUGAAGCUAAUUUCUUCUUUCAAGUCACUUUUGUACUCUUUCUUACCCAUGAUUUCGACCAUCAUAGUUUCAAAACUCAUCCUUUGUUCGAUUGUUUUGCUCUUUGGUCUUUUUGGGUUCUCUGUAUUGAAAGGCCUUGAAUUGCUAGGAGUUGGAGUUGAUUAUGACUCCAAUUACUUCUACGCGGUGGCGAUUCUCUACGCUGUAGUGGUUGGAUAUGUCUUGUUAUCUCUUCAUGUUAAUUGGAUACUUGCUCCAGUGGCUGCAGUGGUUGAAUCCAGAUGGGGGUACGGGCCAUUAAGGAGAAGUUCAGAUUUGGUGAAGGGAAUGAGAGGGAUAGCAUUUUCAAUAUUGCUAUUUUUCAACCUCCUUAUCGUAUUGCUGGUGGCCAGCUGCUCUACUUUCUUGCUCCAGGUGGGGGUAGCCGGUGGACGGUGGAGUUGGGCAGUUAUUUUGCAGAUGGUGAUCAGUUCUGGCCUUGCUACUGUCCUUAUGUUGCAGAGCAUUGCUGCAAUUGUGGUUCUGUUUAUGUACUGCAAAGCAUUGCAUGGGGAGCUUCCCUUUGAGAUUGCAGAGGAGUUUGCUGGUGACUAUGUGAGUUUGCCUUUUGAUGAGGAGAAGCUUCCCUAUGUUGUUUAUGUUGCAUGAGGUGAGCAUGCAUUUCUUCCCAUAAUGUCAGCUUGUUUUAUAUGAUGUGGGAAUGUUUUUUCUAUGUAAUAUGUUAUGUCAUUUGAAAAGGUACUCUAAAACAUGUUGAGAACACGCAAGUAAUACUAUCUCCAGAUAGAGUUGUGUAUUAAUAGAAAAGUUAAGGGUUGUGAUAACUAAUAAGGCUAUAUUGGAGUACACGUCUUCUGUACAUCGUAUGGGAUUAUUUUGUUGCUGUUUCUAUUAUAGAAAGCAUGCUUUUGGUUGAUCUAUGAUCUCCAUCUUCCCCAAUGAUAGCUGAUUACCCCAAUCAAUUUGUAAUUUGUGUAGUAAGUAAAUUGACACAAGUACUUUCUGCUUGUUUUUAAGUGAUGUAACCCCUAUAUUCCAGUCUUUCUUAACUCGAAAAGACACUCCAGAGUCCAGAACUACUGUGUUCACAAUUAGAAGAUUUGUAGUCCUUUAGAUUUCUCAACCUUCACUACUAUGCAUUCCCCAUCCCUUGAAGUCUAUCAAUUUAAUACUUUCAUUCUCCGCCCACCACAAUAUCUUGUGCCCUGCAAGUACAUGAGCGUUUAGUUUUGGUUUUUCACAUUUGUUAUAGUUGAAUCAAGAAGCUCAGAAAUGUAUGAUGAAGAUACAUAUGUUCAGCUCUUCUAUAGCUAGUGAACCUUCAUAGGCAAAAUUAUCCUAUGCAGCAGCAACAACAACAACAUCCAAGCCUUAGUCCCAAAAGAUAUUGUACACCAUUAAUUUGUACAAUAUCUGUUAAGACCCGGAGUUCCAUCCUAAAAGUUCAACCUGAUAGGAGGAGUAAUCCAUGUGUGAAUAUAGUACUUUGUUUAUCCAAACUUUUCCGGUGUGGGACAUUUAACAAUAUUCUUUGCAGUCGCUGAGUAAAUUUGUACACCAUUAAUUGGCCUUCCAGAUCUUGGCUCUGUGUCAUCCUCUCUCUCUCUUUUUUGUAGAGGCUUCUUGGUGGAUCGACCUUUGUGUUUACCUUGAGUUGUGGCAGUCUGAUAUUCUGGUUCUUGACUCUAAUUUUGUUGCUCACAAAUAUCAGUGCUGCAUCUAGUUUAUAAAGAUAGAUUUUUUUUUGUUGUUGUUGUGGCUCUCCGCCAGCUUGCAUCCCAUCUCUAAUUCGCCAAUCUGGUGUAUAAUCAUACCUUCUAUGCACUAAAUGAAUCCACAGCUAGUAUCGAUUAGGCUGUGAGUUGGUGUGUCAAAUCUUUUUAAAUUCUUCCGGAAUAAGUCCCAUUAUAUGGUUUUAGGGCCAACUCUUUUGCAAUGUUCUUAUACGGACGAUAUGUCUGCUUGAUGUAUAAGUAAAUCGGGAUAAUUUCCUUAGUCCCGGAAGAUUUCUUAGGCUAAAGUACUAUUUCCUUCCUAUUUCUUUUGUUUUUUUCUUGAUAUUAUGUGAUUAAAGUUCCUUCAUAAAGCUCAUUCUUUCAAUGUUUAAGAUGAAGUUCUCUUGGAAUUUCUAAAUGUAUCUUCAUUUAUUAUGUGACAUGUAAAUUCGGAUGCUGUGUUGCUUAGGGAGUCUGCUGAUAUUCCAUGUCAGCUAACCUCUUCUAGUUUUGCUCUUUCGUUUAUUUUGUAUCUUUUGAUCAAUAUCGAUGCUCGAAUUUGCUUCUUCUUUAUGUCGUACUAUUAUUGUGGGAGCCAUCUUUGUAUGUAUAAACCGAUCUCAUUUGACAGCAUGUGAAAUAAUUACUUUAAUGGCAAAAUGUGUAGAUGUGAAAGAUUACAUCGUCUGGUUUGACUAAUUUACAUAAAUUGCAGGGUAGUUUUUUUCGAUAUUUGGCAUUGUACCAUAUAAAAAUAUUU